AUGAGAAAUGUUACGACACAAUCGAACGCAAACAUCCAGCGACUCGGCCCGGAAGAUCCACGGUUGUCGCAGAUUGUCAUUCACAACAACACGGUGUAUUUAAGCGGUCAAGUUGGGAGCGGAGGUGCCGAUAUCAAAGCGCAAACGAAAGAAACGUGCGAUAAAAUCGACCAGUUGUUAUCGCUCGCCGGGACGGAUAAGACGAACUUGUUGCAAUGCAUGAUUUGGGUGAAAGAUAUCAAGAACGACUACGCGGGGAUGAACGAGGUAUACAACGAGUGGAUCAAAGAUGGGAAACCGGUGCGAGCGUGCGUGGAGAGUAACAUGGUGUAUAAACAGGAAGGCGUGCAACUGUUAGUGGAGAUACAAGCGACUGCCGCUCUGCCUCAAUGA